AUGGCCCGGGCGCUGACCGCGGAUGACAUCACGCUAGCCACGGGCGAGACUGACCACGCGCGCCUUGUCACGAUCGAGAUCAUCUUUGGCGUCUUUGAAACGAUCGGCGGCUUGGAUGGCUGCGUCAACCUAUGCAGCCUCACGAUGCUCAACUGCCGCUUGCAGCGCAUCUCGCAGCUGUCGCCCGUGUCACUGACGCUGACGCGGCUCUGCCUCUCGGACCAAGAGCUCACGCGCAUUGAAGGUCUUGCGCUGCCCAACUUGCGCCAGCUGCUGCUCGAUCGCAACCGCAUUCGCGUCAUCGAAAACCUCGACGGGUGUCCCAAGCUGCAAAAGCUAUGGCUGAGCCACAACUGUCUCACGACGAUCGAGAACCUUGGCGCGUGCCCCGACUUGCGCGAGCUGUGGCUGCAGAACAACCAGAUCCAAGGAAUCGGCGACGGCCUCGCAAAACUUACGAACCUCCACAGUCUGGCAAUAGCUGGCAAUGGCAUUGGCGACUUUAGCGACCUCGCCACACUCGCGCACUUGCCCAACCUCUGCAGCCUCUCACUCGACGACGCGCACUACGGCUCCAACCCCAUCACGCGCGAGAAGGGCUACCGGACGUACAUCUUGAACCAACUGCCACAGGUACUUGCCUUCAACGACCGCAUCGAUGCGAUUCAGCAAGAUCACGAGCGCGCGCUCUCUGCAAUUGACUCGCGGCGCCACCGCAACCAGUCGCACGCUGACGUGUUGCAGCACGAGCUCCUCGCUGCCUUCAAGAACCUCGAGGAGAGUGUCCAGAAAGGGCGGGCCGCCAUCGCGGCCGAAGAGACACGCCAGGCGCUGCUGCGGGAGAAGCACGCGACGGCGCUCCAGCACACGUUAGAGGCGCUUGAAAGCGAGUAUACAGCCCACGUAGACGCAAUGCUACGUCGCGAGACCGAGGCCGCCGCCCACACGGAGGCCAUGUUUAAGAUACUGGACGCUCGGAUCGCGGCCGAAGAAGAGCACGCGCUGGCCGUCGCUGCAGCGCAGGCGGCGUAUCCUCUUUACGUCUUUUACCUCGUACAUGGGGCGAGCCCCGAGCAUCGGUAUCUUGCGAGUCUCUUUGCCGCACCGCCGCAGAGAACGCCCGAUGCGGACGACAUCAAAGUGCUGCAGGUCUACCGAUGCCAAGGCCCUCCAACGACGACGACGACGACGACCGAAUUGCUAUUUGGUGUCGUGCACGGCGCGUUGGUGGCGCCGACGACGAUGCCGCUCGUGCUGUGCGCGACGCCGUGGCUUGCAAUGGCAUUCCACGACCGCAUGUCGCCGCCCAAUGCACGCCGUCACCGCCAUGUCUUGGUUGCCAAGGCCCCAACGACGAUCGCCUCCGUGGUCGAAUGGCGCAACCUCGCGUCAGUCGACGACCUUCAUACAGCGCUCGCAUCCCUGGAGCUGCCACGAGAACCCAUAUCAUGGGUGCAGGUAGUCUAUCACAUCGGUGACCAGCAAGGACAGGCGUACUGCCUCGCGCCUGGCAGGAUCGCGCUUGUUGAGGCGGCGCCCGAGUACUACUGCACGACAUUUGCGACGCCGGCGGCGAUGAGCGAACCCGACCUCGAAGCGUUGAUAGCAUCACCCGAACCGGCGCUGGAGGCGAUGGACGGCGACACGACGCUCCUCGAAGGCUACGACGGGCGGCUGCAGAGCGCGCUGGCCGCGUACACGGAGGCGCUCUGGGCAGACGUGGGGCCGCGCGCCAAGGCCAAGGAGCCGGACGACCGCAAGCGCGUGGCCAAGCUGCAGGCGUCCAUCCAGCACGAGCAAGAGACGCAGAAAACCACCUUGCGCCAGCAGCUGCACCGAAGCACGAAACCCUGA